AUGAUUAAAAUAGCCAUAGUAGGAUUGCUUAUCCUCAAUCUCGCUCUUUGACAUGACCAUCCAAUGAUUGGAGUCAUCUCAUAUCCAGACUCCCCAAGUGAUGUAGAAUCUAGCUCUUAUAUUCAAGGAGAAACAGCUAAAUUUGUUGAAAGUACAGGAGCAAGGAAUGUUGUUAUUGAAUAUAACCAAGAUUGGACAACCUCCUCAGAGACUCUUGAGCAUCUUAACGGUAUAAUUAUCCAAAAUUCCUUUAAUGGAGUUUUCACUUCUGGUACUAUCUUCAAAGAGACUUUGUUGAAUGCUUACAAAUAUGCUGAAGCUAAAAAUGAGGAUGGAAUUAAGUUCCCAAUCUGGGCAAGCGGAGUGACAGCUUUGCAAUUAAGUGAAGUCUUGAGCACUUCCAAGGACAUGUCUGAAUACACAGUUAGCAUUGAUGCUAUGGACCUUGCUACUUCUCUAAAUUUCACUGAGCACACAGAAGCUUCACAAGAAGGUCCUAUUAAGCCACUUUAUGAUAUAAUCCCAACAAUGAGAUCCAAGUUCUUAGAACCAGCUGUUGACUCAGAUAUUGUGUACUUCGACCAAGGUAUCGGGAUCACCCCCGCUUCUCUACAGAAAGACAAAUUCCUAUCAGAGGCUUUUCAAAUAGUCGCUACCGCUACUGACAGAAAUGGAAACGAAUUUGUAGCACUUCUAAAGCACAGAAAGUUCCCAGUAAUCCUCUCUUUCGCCCUAUUUGAAGCAGUAUACAACUUCUAUCCUGACACCCAAAUUCCUCACUCCAGCCCUGCCACUCGCCUCACAGUCCAAUUCUCCAAGCUCUUCACUGACUUCUCCAGAUCAAACGACCAGACCUACAACAGUAUUGAGAAAGAGUACUCGAACAACCUCUACAACAGGCCUAUGACCACAACUGUGAAUAAAGAAUACCAAACCUUUUAUUUUUAA